AUGGCUUCCCUGAGGCUGGAAUCCUCUACUUCAUCGAUUGCACCCGCUGAACAGCCACCAUUUGAGGUUCCUAUUAUUGAUGACAAUGAGCCGCUCGUUGAUGUGGUUCGAAAACUACACAACUAUUUGGUCAUCGCUAUAAAUGAUGUCGCAUGCACCUUUGAAGAGCUAAGGUUCUCUCCUCAUGCGCAAAGUCUCCGGUUGCUCCUGUAUUCCUUGGCUGAAAAUUCGCACAAUCCAUGUAUAAUCGCCGCUUUGAUGAUCUUAAAAUGGCAAUUUACCAAUGAUGCUGAAACCGACUGGGGCUUGAAUGAAAGCCGGGGAUAUGCCUGUGAAUACGUUGCGUGGCAGUUCCUCUGUCAUGUCAAUCAGCGCGAGACCAUCGAGUUCCUUCUUGAGGAACUCAAAACCCCAAUGCAGGGCGGCAUGGAUAUCUCACAGGCAGAAAGAGGCACAUCUGGGUUCGCGACGAUGGGCAGCGAGGCCUUUCCGCAAGAGGACGAAAGGACACCCUUAUUAUUAAGCUCGUCAUCAUCGCUGUAUCGGUUCUUUGGUGGCAAGAGACGUGCAGGAAGUUCGCUUGACAUCAAUGAGCCGGGAUCCAACAUGUCUGCAAGUGACGCAUAUGAGCUUGAGAAGCUGUCAAGGUUUUUUGGGCUGAACGCACUCGAGAUAGCCACAAUCGCCCACGCCAAAAGAUUUCUGAGCCAGAAGGUGGUUCAGAAAGUAAUAGACAAUAUCUGGAAGGGCGAGAUUGUUUUCUGGGACUCUUUGAGCGUACAUUCAAAGAAGAAACCCCAAUUUUUCAACAAAAGAACCGCCGAUCCGUACUCCCGAUUGAGAGUGCCAGUGUAUCGAAAGGCCUUUGAAGCGGCCUUCUUUGUCUCGUUUCUAUUUCUCUAUUAUGCGGUAUUAGUCGAGAGGAAGCCUACUGGCAUAGGUAUCUUUGAGACUAUGAUGUAUAUCUGGAUCGCUGCCUUUGCAUACGAUGAAGUCAGCGGGAUGGCUGAUACCGGAAUGCUCUUCUACCAGAUGGACUUCUGGAGCGCUUGGAAUAUGGGCAUAAUUGGCACAGGCCUUGCCUUUGUCAUUGCCAGAAUUAUUGGACUAGCCAAACAAAGUGAUUACAUCACAGACCUGUCGUUUGAUAUUCUAUCGUUGGAGGCUUUGUUCCUGGUUCCAAGGAUCUGCUCCCUUGUGAGUUUGAACUCCUAUUUUGGAAGUCUGAUCCCUGUUCUCAAGGAGAUGACAAAAGCGUUUUUUCGAUUUAUUCCGAUAGUCGUAGUGCUAUACCUUGGGUUCCUGACCACCUUCACGAUGCUCGCCCGUGACCGCCUCUCUCUGCGGCAAAUGUCAUGGAUUUUGGUGAAAGUGUUCUUUGGGUAUGGCGGUGAAAAUGCCCCUCAUCGACCGCCAAUUUCCCCGAUCUUUGGCUACGGUCUGAUGUUGAUUUUCGUUUCGAUGACCAACCUUCUGUUGAUCUCGUCGUUGGUCAGUCUCAUGAGCAUGAGUCUGGAAGGGGUCAUGGCGCAUGCCCGAGAAGAGUAUCUCUUUCAACUGUCUAUCUACGUGCUCGAGAGCAGUAAUUCUCGGAGAUUGACGUAUUUCAUGCCUCCCUUGAACCUCAUUCCCCUCCUCUGUAUCCGCCCCAUGAGGCUCUUCUUACCUGCAGAGCACAUCCGCCGGGUGCGCAUCGUUCUGCUCCGGGCCACCCACCUCCCGUUUGUCGCACUGAUCUGGGCCUAUGAAUCUAGCCGCCGCUACGUCUCUCGGGGAAAUAGCCAAUUUCCACCAACUGCCACGACCACCACAAGCAGUCGACCAACAUCCUCCAUCCAGAUGGGGUUCCCUUUCUCCACGCACCAUGCCCCGCUCCAUGCCUCCGCACUGGAAGGGCGUUCGUGGGCAUCCAGCCGGCCUAAGGAACGGUCUAACCCGGGCCAGCAUCCCGAGGCGCGCGGACCAAGUUCGGGCCAGGCUGGGCGUGGUGACACCGCGGAUAUGAUCGACGAGGUGGAACGGUUGCGCACACAAGUGGAUCGAGUGGCUGCUCGGAUGGCCUUUCACCAGCGAAGCCAAUGAGGGUAAUUACAGAAAGUCGGGAGAGGUGUCAGAAAGUGGUAUAUUACGGUGCAGGGCAGAAGGAAUGGAAGGAGGGGAGGGGACCACAGCGGAAGGAUGGUAUACACACGCACCUGGCGUCAGGCCGGUGCCAGAGCCUAAAGCAUUAGCGUGAGCACCGGCCAGUGACCAUUUCGUAGGUCGGAGGGACGGAGUAGUUGGAGACCCGCCAGCGACGAACAACUUCUUUGUACGGAGUGCACUGGGCGAUUGUCGUUUGUAAUUUGUCAUUCUGUUGUAUUUCUUCAGCG